AUGCCCUCUCUAAUACCCUUUCCCCCCUGCUCUUCCCGCGUGCCCAUUCCCCCCACACGCCUCAUACCUGGCUGGGCGGGCAACAGCUGCAUACCCUUGUGGCCGUUUGACUAUGUGUACAGCUACAUCGCCUCCUCCUCCGCCAGCUUCGUUGACGCGUACGCGGACCCCUACAGCACGUCGUUCGGGCGGUACAUCCCGCAUAUCUUCAUGCCCGUCAUCCGCCGCCACCAGUUCCUCAAAGGCAACCAGGUGCGGUGCUGUGCGGCUCACAGGCAACCAGGUGCGGUGCAGUGUGGCUCACAGGCAACCAGGCAGUGGUUCAUCUUGCAGCGGCGGCAUGCGGAGGCGGUGGUGGGGGACACGCUGCACUACGCCAAGCACAACCUCAGCUGCGCCGUCAGUCCACCCCCUUUUUCCCUGCCCCCCUUCGUCUCUGCGUGUUACAGCCUCCUCCGUUCCGCUGCUAUUCUAGAUCAUGCGGGCCGUGACAACCUCUCCCUCACAUGCAUCUUCUGUCGCUGUCCCUUUCGGUUGCAGUGGGGCAAGCUGUGCUGUGCGGAUGAGCAUUACAUUCAAACCUUCUUGCAUGUGGAGGCCCUUUCAUGCAUGCAUCGACCCGCUCAUGCAUCAACCCCCUCAUGCCAUCUCACCCACGCCCCACAUACCAUGGCCCCCCUCCCCCUGCAAUGUCUCCCCUGCCACGCUCCUCCCUGCAUUCUCCCCCCCACACCACGCCAUGGCCUUCCCUGCCAUGCUGCUGCGCAGAUGACAGACCCUCGCGGCAUAUCGCGCUACCCCACCACGUUCACGGACUGGAGUGCCAACGACUGGCACCCCUCACUCUACCUGGGCGCCAACAUGACAGACCAAGUCAUCACCACCAUCAAGACGGCAAGGCAGUUCAUCACCUAUCGCUCUUUCUGGCAGGACUUCAAGUCCAACUACUCCCAUGUGCGUGCCGUUCCCUUGUAUGCGUAUAACCAACCCCUCUGCACCGCAGCCUCCUCUGUCGACUCAAAGCUCGCCUCUCCCGCUCCCCGUCCACCCGUGAGUGGCUCUCCCCACCAGGCGGUGGGCAACGGGCAUUGUGUGCUGGGGGGGGAGCCGCGCAACUGCUUCCUCUUUGCGCGCAAGUUCCACCCCUCCACACUACCCUUCCUCAUGCGCAAGUCCCAGCAGCUCCUCGGCUUCUAG